GGCAGAAUUGGGCUUCUUCCUCCGCCUCCUUCCUGGGCGGAGAGGAAGCUUGGAGGAGGGAAGGCCAGGCAAGGCGUCUCUUCGGCUUCUGCGAGGCUGGGAAGGAACCCAGAGGUCUGACAUUUGGGUAACUCAGCCAUGGACAGGAAUCCAUCCCCGCCGUCUAGUGAUUCAGAAGAGGAGGCCGUCAUUGCUGGAGAUUCCAUUGGAAGUACAGUCUAUAGCAAGCACUGGCUAUUCAGUGUCCUUACCAAAUUAAUUGAAAUUAUUACUCCCAAGAAAGAUGAGGAUUCCGAGGUAAACAAUGAAGAAGAAGAAGAAGAGAUGGAGUUAGAUGACGAUAUGGAGAACGACAUUUGUAAAGUGUGGGAUAUGUCCAUGGAUAAGGAUGUGGCUUUAUUUCUACAAGAGUUUAAUGCCCCUGAUAUAUUUAUGGGUGUAUUUGCAAGGUCUAGGUGUCCUCGACUUACUGAAAUCUGUGUGGGAAUAUUGGGUAACAUGGCCUGUUGCCAAGAAGUAUGCAUAGCUAUUAGUAAUCAUAAGAACCUUGGGGAGAUGGUGCUGCUGCGCUUGUGUGAUUCUGAUUCCCCAACCCUCCUUGAAACAAGCCGGUUACUACUGACUUGCCUCUCUCAAUCUGAAGUGGCUGAUAUUUGGGUGGAAAGAAUCCGAGAAAGUCCAUCUGUAUAUGAUUGUAUCUGCUUUAUUAUGUCUAGUUCUACAAAUGUGGAGUUGCUGGUGAAAGUAGGUGAGGUAGUUGAUAAGCUGUUUGACUUGGAUGAAGAUCUGAUGUUAGACUGGAUUAAAAAAGGUUCUCAAUGGUCAGUGACACAGCCAGUGGAUGAUUCACCCAAAGAGUGUCCAACUCUUAAGAUUGUACCUUGUCUGCUUGAAGCAACAAAACAAAUCUGCUCAGAGAAAAAUUCUGAAGGACUUGAUGUUUACAUGCAUAUCCUACAGCUCCUCACAACUGUGGAUGAAGGAAUUCAAACAAUUGUACAGUCUCCUGAUAAUGGAAAAGAAACUUGGAGUUUGCUGCAUAAUCUGUUUUGUUGUGAACUCUGCCAGCCAGAUGACCCACCAAUUAUCGUUCAAGAACAGAAAACUCUGUUGGCUUCUAUAUUGUCAGUUCUAUCAGCCAUCUCUUCUUCACAAAUCAAACAAGAAUUUGUCAAGAUGGAAAAAAAUAUGCCUCUGAUUGAUAGCUCAAUAAGAGUCCUACGAAACUUGGAUGAAUGUGUAAAGAGAUCUGGUGACAGUUUGAACAAAUCUAAGUCAGAAGAGCCUGAAAGGUUGGAAAGAGCUGAGGAAGAUUUCCAUUUAAAAAUCGUGAAGGACAUCUGUUGUGAGUUACUCUCAAAUAUGCUUCAGGAAAUGUCAAAGGAAAACAUAUUGGAGGGGCUCAAGCAGGGUCAUUUAAAUGAAGAGAAAUGUUCCUGCGUAUUUCAAAAUCUCCUCCCUUUGUAUUUAUCUUCGGUGAAGAGUUUUCUUGAAGUCCUACGGGAAGCUGAUCCGACUCUUGCAGACAACUUAGGAAAAAACUUCCCAAGCUUGAAACUCCAGAUAUAGUACCACAUAUACCACAUUUUCUAGCUGGAAGAUUUUGAAUUGUUCAGUACUGUUUAGGAAAGUAACAUGAAGGUGUAUUUUUUUAAAAAAAAGUUUACAUUUUCUUUCUUUAAAAUAGAAAGUAAAAUGAGUGUACUCAUGAGAAAGGAAUAGAAAUGACAGAGAAUAUUAUAGAAGACGAACUGAUAGGCACCUGAAAUGUUUAUUUUUAUGAGAGGAAAACACAAACAUAGUUUUAUAUGUUCUUAGCCAUUCAUGUUGUGAGUCUUCAUGUUCUUGAUAAAACAGUCAUAUAACUUCAUAUAUUUUUGAAUAAUUUUUUAUCAGACUGUUAAUAGUAAUAUUGGUUAAGAAAUCUAAUAGUAUUUGUUCCUGUCAGAGAAAAGAGAAAGCAGAAUAUGAAAAAUGGAUAGGAACUAAACUUCCUCUAAUUGAUGGAUCAAGCACAACCCUCCAUAGGUUGUUGGAAUCUAACUCCCAGCAUUUCUUAGCAUUGGCUGUGAGUGGUGGGAAUGUGUAUAAUAGUUUCUUAGUGUUUAAUUUUCUGAAGCGCUAGAACUACAACAUGUACACAGGCUGCUGAUUGUGUUCCUUAUUAAUUGUGGAAUUUUAGCUGGGAAACAGAUUUUAAUGAAAUGGUUCAAAACAAUGAUACUAUAACCAGGAUCCAGCUAUUCCAGUUACACAUGGGAUUUUUUUUAUGCUGCAACGAUCCCUCUUAAAUUUACCCCAAAUCUCCCUUUGAAGAUAAAAGGCUCCUCCAGAAAGGCUGUGCAUUUGAUGAAACGAGUUACUGUUAGACGAUUUUUUUCUUGCCACUCCCAUGUGUGUGAAUGGAAACAAAUUUGGGUUUCAUACAGGCAUUUUUGUACUAAAAAUAAGCAUUGAUACCUGUUUUGUAUGUAUAUUGGAAAUAUAUUGCAACUGAAGUUUGACAAUAGUUUUUAUUAAACGCAGUAAAAUAGUUUUGUAUAAUUUA